AUGGCCGGAGGCGUGGUCAAUGGCAAAGGUCCGGCGGCGCGCGGGGAUGGACCAGGAUGCAUCAAUCCCUGCGAAUCUGAGAUGCCUCCCCAUGCCAAUGUCGCGUCGCAUCCCCUUGCGCCCGCGUUCCGCCCACCCCUCGCCUUCCUCUGCUCGAGGCCUCCCCACCUUGCCUCACUGCUCUCUGGCCGUUUGGAGGAGACCGUCAAUUGGUAUUGCCGGUCCACCGGGAGGCGACUUCCCACUGGUCACCAAGGGGGGCCAUCAUGUUCCUGA